ACAAUAACAUUAUACUACAAUGUAGAGCACAAAUAAACUUAAAUAUUCGAGUUGUCAUCUGAUUGGACACAGUCUGGGUGGACAUGUGGCCGGUUAUGUGGGCCAUGAUUUAGUCAGUGUAUCACCAAAAAAUAAGCUUGGUCGCAUUACUGGCCUUGAUCCCGCUCAACCAUUUUUUCAAAAUAUGCCCAAAUCGGUGCGUUUGGACAGUAAUGAUGCACUUUUUGUCGAUGUUAUACAUACGGACGCCGACCCCUUUCUAACUCGUGGUGGGCUGGGUAUGAGCCAGGCCAUUGGACACAUAGACUUCUUCCCUAAUGGUGGUAGUGACCAACCGGGCUGUGCUCAGGACAAGAUCUCGUCGUUUCUAAACGGGGGUCUACUGGAGGGCACCCGACAACUGGUGGCCUGUAAUCACUUGCGGCCGACGGAGUACUUCAUUGAAAGCAUUAAUCGCAACCAAAAGUCGUGUCAAUUCACGUCCUAUUCGUGUGAUUCGUGGCAAAUGUUUAUGAGUGGAAAGGGAUGCGAGUCGUGCGGCAAAAGGGGUCGUCUGUGCGCCCAAAUGGGCUACCAUUCCAUCGACUGGUUCCGUAAGCGUAGGAAUUCCAAGAACUUCUAUCUCAGGACUCGAGGGGAACCACCGUUUUGU